AUGCAAGGCUGCAGAAUUGCUUGCCUCAAUAAUUGCUCCUGCACAGCCUUUGCUUUCGAUAUCUCUGAUCUACCAGUCUGUAGACUCUGGUUUGGGGAUUUAUUCAAAAUGCGUGUCAAAUCUGACAGCCAAUCUGUUUUCAUUAAGCUGGCUGCUUCUGAGGUUCCGCGCUCGACAUCAGAGAGAAGCAGGAAAGCCCUGGCACUUUACAUUUUACUUCCUUCUCUUGCGGCAUGCUGUGUUGUUUUAUCUCUCCUCUUGGCCACAUUUAUUUUGUGGAAACGCAGAAGACAGCGGAAGAAAAGCGUAGAAGAGGACAUUCCAAACAUGCUCAAAACGUUCACUUAUAAAGAGCUGCGAAUCGCAACCGUGAAUUUCAGCCAUAAGCUGGGAAGUGGUGCGUUCGGCUCUGUGUUCAAAGGAACUCUGCGGGACAGCACGCUUGUGGCGGUUAAGAGAUUAGAGGGUUCCGCAAGGGCAGAAAAACAAUUCCGUGCGGAAAUAAACACCAUCGGGAGAAUUCAACAUGUGAAUUUGGUAAGGCUCUGUGGAUUCUGCGUAGAAGGGUCUCGAAGGCUACUUGUAUAUGCCUACAUGCCUAAUGGCUCUCUAAAUUCCUCUCUCUUCUGUGAAGAGGAAGAAGCAGAGAAGGUGUUGGAUUGGAAGACCCGUUUUGAGAUCGUACUGGGCACUGCACGAGGAUUAGUUUAUCUCCAUGAGGAAUGCAGGGAUCGCAUCAUUCACUGCGAUAUUAAGCCUGAAAACAUUCUUCUGGACGGCAACUUCAGCCCGAAGAUAGCUGAUUUUGGGUUGGCAAAGUUGGUGGGAAGAGAUUUUAGUCGUGUAUUGACGACCACAAGAGGAACUCGAGGUUACUUGGCCCCAGAAUGGAUCUCCGGCCUUCCUAUCACUCCCAAGGUGGACGUAUACAGUUUUGGUAUGACGUUACUGGAAAUUAUAUCCGGCCGUAGAAAUCUGGACUCGAAGGUGGAGGAGAGCAGGUUGUACUUUCCUACUUGGGCUUCCUCUCAAAUUCAGAGGGGCAAUAUAAUGGGCAUUGUGGACGCAAGGAUAGCAAGUGAGGCGAAUAUCGAAGAGGCGAGAAGAGCUGCUGUGGUUGGGGGACUGUGCAUUCAAGACGAUGAGAAUCAGAGGCCGAGCAUGGAUAAAGUGGUGAAUAUGUUGGAAGGGAAGAUGAAGACUCCUCUGCCACAAAUUCCGAGGUCUCUACAGGUGCUUGUAGAUCAGGUUACAGACGAGGACAAUGAUACCUUUGCUCAACAUCCUUACAUAUCAAGCGGUUCUGCGUCUGCAUAACAAUGGGUUUCUCUGGAUCUAAAUCAUACUUAUUAGAUAGUUUUUCUAUGUUUCAGGAUAGCUUUAUAGUAAUGAUAGAUCUUUUUAGGCUUUACUUUAAAGUUUGUAUAAUCAAGUAUAAAUUAUACAGUAUAUAGAAUGGUUAAAUGGCGAAGAAGGGUUUCAGGCUUUGAGACGAUGUUU